UGACUAAGACUUCUCCUCUGCUGUCCAAGCGCUUUGGUGCAGGGACAGCGGCCGUCUCCAGCCAACCCAGUGCAGGCUCUCCACCGAAGGCUGGCUCUAGACUGGUGGUAUGCGUACGAUAGUAUAGUCAUGGCCGACUGCUGCUUGUGGUUCUCUGACGAUUGUGCUUCUUGUUGAUCCUGUCGUGCUUUGGUAAUUGUAUCGAUUAGAGUUGGUAAUGUCUUGACUUGGGCUUUGUCCCCUUAAAACUGCUGUACCUGUACAAUAAAGAUGCAGUACCUUUCUCUAAAACAUCUGUGGGAAGCUGUAAGAGCUGAAAUGACAAUUGGCCGAUGGGAAUUGAGGCUGUUGGUGUGGGAUUGUACCAUUACUUCUCCAGGCCCUGAUGUUGCUCGUUGCAGCAGCUCAGCUGGGCUCCCUUCAGUAAAGGUGUGCAUCUUUAAAUUACUCCUUGGACUCUUUACAAAAAUGUUGUAAAUUAUUUCAAAUAUAGCAAUAAGUUUAUAUGUUUUGAGGGUUUCAUUUGUUUUUAGAACUUAAAAGUUAAUGGAAUAAUGUUAUUUAUUGUUUGAAUACUGAAAUUUGUUAUUAGAAACAAAAUGUUUUGCCAACAUCUGGGCUGUUUACCCACAGUGGCUCUUGGACCAGUGGCUACACUGCCACCACACUGCCUUCCCUAUUGAACACUGGAGCCAGCUCCUCCAGACCAGCCGCCUCUUGUAGGCAUCUGUGGAAUUUAUUGUUUAGCAUCUGAAUGGGUUUGGAUGUUACCUACUCUGGGUUUAUUUAGGGGAAAGAUAUCGGGUGGUAUCCCUCAAGUCUCCUGCCUGUGGUGCACCUGUGCCAUUAUCUGAGCAUGUUGGGCAGUGAAUGUAUGACCUCUUCAACUGUUUUCUCAUGGAAUUACUUGUUUCUGCAAUAUUAAUAAAACCAGUAUUUGGUUUGAUUUUAGUCUAUAAGUUUUUGAGAAAUAUACCUAAAGGAAAACAUUAAAAAUAUAGUCAGUUUUAUGCAAAGUUUUGUAUUUUUUUUAUAUUUUCUAAAGUAUGAUAAAGUUUUAAGAAUGUACUUACUGUGUUGAAACUUUAAGUAUUUUUUAGUAUUUUGUUGCUGCUGUCUGAUUUUAUGAAUGUUCAUUUUAAGACUCCUUGUUGAAAUGGGACAGUUUGGAAACGUUCUUUGGUAAGCCCGAGAAGAGGACUCCCUCGGGCAUUGGCCUCCUGCAUGACGUUCCCAUACACCUGAACUGCACCAAGGGCCUUUCCCUUAUGCAAGUGGACUCCUUCGUGGAAGCUGUGGCUCGGUUAUCUGGAGAAGGACCAGGCCGCAAGCACUCUCCGCAGAAAAGGAACACAGGACAGCUUGUCUCAGCUGCGAGGCUUCGUGCUCAGCCUGUUCAUUUGAGAACUACAUGAACGACAGUCUUCGCACAGAUGUCUUCGUGCGGUUCCAGCCUGAAAGCAUCGCCUGUGCCUGCAUCUACCUCGCUGCCCGGACGCUAGAGAUCCCUUUGCCCAAUCGUCCCCACUGGUUUCUUUUGUUUGGAGCAACUGAAGAAGAAAUUCAAGAAAUCUGCUUAAAAAUCCUGCAGCUUUACACACGGAAAAAGGUCGACUUAACACUCUUGGAAAGUGAAGUGGAAAAGAGAAAGCAUGCUAUUGAAGAGGCAAAGGCGCAGGCCAGGGGCCUGCUGCCUGGGGGAGCCCCAGUAACGGACAGCGCUACAGGGUUCUCACCUGCCCCCAAGCUGGAAUCCCCCAAAGAAGGUAAAGGAAGCAAGCCUUCCCCAUUGUCUGUGAAGAAUGCCAAGAGAAAAGUGGAGGGCAGGAAGAAAGCCGAGGCCGACAGCCCCGUGAACGGCUUGCCAAAGGCACGAGAGAGCCAGAGCCGGAGCAGGAGCCGUGAGCAGAGUUACUCAAGGUCCCCAUCACGGUCUGCUUCUCCCAAGAGGAGAAAAAGCGACAGUGGCUCUACGUCUGGCGGGUCCAAGUCACAGAGCCGCUCUCGGAGCCGGAGUGACUCCCCGCCAAGGCAAGCACACCGAGGUGCUCCCUACAAAGGCUCUGAGAUGAGGGGCUCCCGGAAAUCCAAGGAUUGCAAGUACCCCACCCAGAAGCCACACAAAUCCCGGAGUCGGAGCUCAUCCCGAUCUCGAAGCCGCUCACGGGAACGGGCAGAUAAUUCUGGAAAAUAUAAGAAGAAAAGUCAUUACUAUAGAGAUCAGCGGCGGGAGCGUUCAAGGUCAUAUGAACGCACAGGCCAUCGCUAUGAGCGGGACCACCCGGGACACAGCAGGCAUCGGAGGUGAGGUGGGUCCUGCAUGGGUGUCCUGGAUCCUCCCAUGGGGCACAUGUGGCUCAAGUGGCCCUGUGGCCAUGAUAGUUUUUGGAAAACUUUUUUGACUCUGGACCUUGAGAUGCAUUUGGAAAUGGAUUUGAGGGGGUGGCAAGGUCCCCUUAGGGUGGCCUGGGGCAUGGCACACACCUGUCCCAGGUGAGGUCCUCCUCAGCUGAGCCCUGUGGGCGGCUCCUUGGGAAAGCAGAGGCACACAUCCUGUUGGCGUGGCUGGGUGCUAUCGACAAGCUGUUCCUUCACUCCUGUACUGAUGCUCAAUUACGUUAAGCCAAGAAAGAUGAUUUUUAGAACCUUUGCCUAUAUUAGGUUGUACUUAUGUACAUAUUUUGUGGUGUUUCACAAUGAGAAAAUGGCCUUAAUAGCCCUUUAUUCUCUAUCCACGUUGUAAAUAAACAUGUGUUUAAUACAAGGAAAACUAUGUAUGAAAACUCAGAACUGGAAUUCUGCCAGCUUAAAACUUGUGUAGAGAAUUCUGAUUUUUAAAAUGUGAAGGUAUUUAGGUCUGUGUUGAAAGUCGUAUAUUUUUAUCUGUGCAAUGCUGUGUGCUGGCCACCAGCUCCCAAAUAGAGAAGUUUCCUAUAUAUGCAUUUUACGUGGUUGAAUAAACAGUUUUCUUCUCAGGA